UCGGACUUAGCCCAGUGCGCAACGACUCCAUUCCACAGUAUCCAGACUACUCUGUCAACCUCAUCUUCUUACCUUGGGCAUCUCUGACUUGUGCAUUUGGCUUUACAAGACAAUGAGCGGGGAUCACGGUGAAAGAGACUCGCAGGUCAAUUCUGGGUCUCGAGCCAAUGACACUCACAAACACAAGGACAAGCACAAAGAACACAGGCGCAAAGAACACAAGAAAGACAAGGAGAGAGAUAAAGCCAAGCACAGCAACAGUGAACACAGGGAGCACUCUGAGAAGAAGCACAGAGACAAGGAGAAGGAGAGGGUGAAGCACAGCGACGGGAGUGUCGACAGGCACAGGGAGAAACAGAAGGAGAAAGACAAAGAGAAGAGAAGAGAGGAAAAGGUCAAAUCCUCCCAUGUUGAAGGCAAGCCCAAGAAGGAGAAAGAAAACGGUCAUGCGAGGGAGAUGUGGAACAGCCCCAGCCCUCCUGCCAUUAAGAGUGAACCAGAGGAGGACAACGGCUUGUACCCCUCUCCCAAACACAACAAGACUCUGAAGAGAGAGAGAGAUGAGGAGGAAUUUGAAUACAAGCCCAAAAAGAUCAAGACAGAGAAUGGCAAGAAGGCAAAGAAGAGAAAACAGGAAUAUGAAGAUGAGGAGGAGGAAGAGGACAUAAAACCCAAGAAGAAGACAAAAGACAAGAAAGCAGGAGCGGAUGGCAAGAAAGCCAAGAAGGAAACAGAGGAGAAGUGGAAAUGGUGGGAGGAGGAGAGAUCUACUGAUGGCUCCAAAUGGAAGUUUCUGGAACACAAGGGACCUGUUCUUGCUCCUCCAUAUGAACCCCUACCUGGCCAUGUCAGGUUUUUCUACGAUGGUAAGCUCCUGAGACUAAGUGCCCCAGCAGAGGAGGUGGCUACAUUCUUUGCUAAGAUGCUGGACCAUGAGUACACAACCAAGGAAAUGUUUAGGAAGAACUUCUACAAGGACUGGAGAAAGGAAAUGACAUCGGAGGAGAAGUCAAAGAUCACAGAUAUAAACAAGUGUAACUUCACGGAGAUGAGCGAGUACUUCAAGGCCCAAUCAGAGGCCCGGAAACAGAUGUCCAAAGAUGAGAAACUGAAAAUCAAAGAGGAGAAUGAGCGUAUCCUCCAGGAGUAUGGUUUCUGUGUGAUGGACAACCAUAAGGAGCGAAUUGGAAACUUUCGCAUCGAGCCUCCCGGUCUGUUCAGGGGGCGUGGGGACCACCCAAAGAUGGGCAUGCUGAAACGCCGCAUCCGCCCUGAAGACAUCAUUAUCAACUGCAGCAAAGACUCCAAGCACCCCAAGCCGCCCCAGGGCACGCGCUGGAAGGAGGUUCGUCAUGACAACAAGGUCACAUGGCUGGUGUCGUGGACUGAGAACAUCCAGGGUUCUAUUAAGUACAUCAUGCUCAACCCCAGUUCCAGAAUCAAGGGCGAGAAGGACUGGCAGAAGUAUGAGACAGCCCGGAGGCUGAAGAAGUGUGUGGAGCGCCUGAGGGCCCAGUACAGAGAGGACUGGAAGUCUAAAGAGAUGAGGGUCAGACAGAGAGCUGUGGCUCUCUACUUCAUAGACAAGCUGGCCUUGAGGGCGGGGAAUGAGAAGGAGGAGGGGGAGACGGCUGAUACGGUUGGCUGCUGCUCCCUGAGGGUGGAACACAUCAAGCUGUACUCCAAGAUGGACGAUCAGGAGUACGUGGUGGAGUUUGACUUCCUAGGAAAAGACUCCAUCAGAUACUACAACAAGAUGCCUGUGGAGAAGAGGGUGUUUAAGAACCUGCAGCUGUUCUUGGAGAAUAAGCAGCCCGAGGAUGACCUCUUCGACAGACUCAAUACCUCUAUUCUGAAUAAGCACCUCCAGGAGUUGAUGGACGGGUUGACAGCCAAAGUGUUCCGUACAUACAAUGCCUCCAUCACCCUGCAGCAGCAGCUCAAAGAGCUCACCAGCCCGGAUGAGAGCAUUCCUGCUAAGAUCCUGUCCUACAACAGAGCCAACCGGGCUGUGGCUAUACUGUGCAACCACCAGAGGGCUGCACCUAAGACCUUUGAGAAGUCCAUGCAGAACCUGCAAACCAAGAUAGACGAGAAGCAGAAGCAGCUGUCGGCCACCAGGAAACAGCUGAAGGGGGCAAAGACAGAGCACAAGGCCUCACAUGAUGACCGAAGUAAAAAGAUGGUGGAGGUGAAGAGGAAAGCGGUCCAGAGGAUAGAGGAACAACUGAUGAAGCUACAGAUGCAGGCCACAGACAGAGAGGAGAACAAGCAGAUCGCACUGGGAACCUCCAAACUCAACUACCUGGACCCACGCAUCUCUGUGGCAUGGGUUAAGAAAUGGGACGUUCCCAUGGAGAAGAUUUACAACAAAACCCAGAGGGAGAAGUUUGCCUGGGCCAUCGACAUGGCUGAAGAGGACUACGAGUUUUAGAUCCUGUUCUGUCAUUUUAUCCCUCCAUUUUAUUAUUGUUUCAUUUUAGAAGUAUGUGUAGUUCAUGUGAUUGAGUCCACCAUGUAAAAUGGGGAUCAUUCUUAGCAUUUGACCAGGGUCCUGUUUGAAGCAUGUACUGUAUCCUUCCUUCCUCCCUUGAAUUGAACGCAGAUCUGAUAGGUUAAAGCAGUAUGGUAGAAACCUUGCUUACACGUAUCCAAUCACAUGCAAAUCAGUGAUGAGGAAUAAAAUAGUGCAUUGGCCAAGUAUUCAAACAGGGAUCACGCCCUGAAUCUUACUGCAGUGAAAAGUAUAGUAGUGUGUUUGACCAAAACAUGUUAACCGGACCUUUCAACCUUAUCAGCUUCUGUGAUUUUCAGCUAGCUAAUAGAAGAACUGUAAAUGCCUGCUUUUUCUAUUGAUUUAUGCUACAAUAUCUUAGUCAUCAAAUAUAUUGAUAAAUUCUAUAUUUUGAAAUAUUCAUGAAUUAAUCUAAGAAUUCCCUAAUGAGCAGCACCUUCAUACCUUGUGGGAGGAAACAGAGCAGUGGUAUGGUGUGUGUGUGUGUGUGUGUGUGUGUUUAAUGGUGAAUGAGUGCACCAUAUUUGAUGAUUUAUGAACUUUGAAAUCUGUAUGAAGAGAGGAGAAGAACAUGAGGAUGAUGUUUAUAAUGGAUGAUGAUGAAUAAGAAGCAACCAAUCACUAUGCUCGUGUAAUUCUGGCACAUAGAAUGUGAAUGUUUUUCAUUGGUUUCAUUUUGCUGUUUAUUUCAGGGAUGUAUAUAUUUCUUGUCUGUUUUCAGUACGUACUGGUAUGUUAUUCUGUAUUUUGUAGGAUAUGUAUCCUUCGUGUUGUCACCAGGCCUCCCUACCUGUAGAUAGAUGUCUUUUCACACGUUUUGCUGAAUGAAAACUAUUCCACUGUAUGUUACUUGAAGAAAUGGCUAUAUAAAAAUGUAUUGUUUUGGUGCCUGUUUUGUGUAGAUACAAAUGACUGCUUGCUCUUUUAAAAGGAGCAAAAUAGAAAUGUGUGAGGGAUAUGGAUUUUGCCAAAAAUAAAAACAAAAUAACUGUUACAUAAAGAUCUAUCAUUAAUUAAAGAUUUGAGGGUGUUUCUUUUUUUUUUGUACUGCUGUAAACAAUGUGGAAGAAAUAUGUCCUCUAUGAAAUGAUUGUUUCAUGUGAAUAAGCAUUUACGUAACAUUAUUCAAUUAGCAUUAUUACCACUAAGCACUUCUUUAGCAUUAAUGUAACUAGUCAUUAGCCUUUCUUAAUAACCCUUUAGCCAUUUAGUUUUGUUUGUUGUUUGCUAAUUAUAUUUUGCUUUUGUAGAUUAUUGGAGAAUAAAACAUACAACUCAUCA